AAAAUCAAUAAUGAUGACAAUCCCGAUUGAGUAGAGAAUGCGUACCAGCUUUGUAUGAGUGCUUUCGCUUUGAACCAUUAGAAUUAUCCAAAGAUAUUAGCGUUCCGAAGGUAGAAUAAAACGAAUCGAACAAUUUACAGCUGAACAUGGCAGAGGGUACGUACGAAUAUGAGUGCAUGCGGGCAGAGUUGUUGGGAAUUGAAAAACCAAACCGCGAGGAAUUUGAAGAGAAGAUGCGACUUCAAAGGGAAGCCGAACAGGAGGAGCAGUUGACCGAGCAAAUGAAGGAAGUCGAUUUGCAGGAUGAACAAAUGCAAGGUGCUGCCGGUAAAAUGGACGAGCUUAACAACAUUCUUUCAAUGACACAGCAGCGUAUAAACAAGUUUAAGACGGCUUGCGGCAGCUUGACAAACUUGUUGAAAUUCCGGCCCGGUACGCCAAGUGAGGGCAGCGCCUCAAACGAUCCCACGAAUGGAACCGAAUCCAACACCAUCAAUGCAGCACUGGACACGCUUGAUACGAUGAAAGAUGUGCAGAAUGCAAGUGACGUCAAGAUCGCAAAAUCGGCCGCCACGGAUCUUGGCCAAAAAAUGACCUGCCAGUUGGACAAGUUGGAUUCAUUGCUGGACAAAGCCGACAACGCCACUUACUCGAUGAAACACCAAACGGGUCAGAUGAAAAAGAUGACUCAGUAAAAUAGGAUAUAAGCUUCCACUAUGCCAACUGGAAAAAAAAAUCAAAUUUCUACUCUUAACAAUGCAAAGUGCUUAUGUACAUCUCUCUCUCUUUCAUGUAGACUGUUCUGCUCAGAAAUGAACAAAUCUUGAAAGUGUAUGCUUAGUAUUCACGCAUAAUUAUUUAGCAGAGAACAGACUUUUUCAAAAACGUAGUGCUUUUGUGAAAGCUUCGGAUAAAAACUUCUUAUAUAUGUACACUGCAUCUUCAUUUUGUUUCAUGUGGUCUUCCAAGCUAAUUAACUAAUGACAUUCAUUUGAGCACAAUAAACGAAGUGGUACAAUGGAAUUUAUGUGAAAUUUAGUGAAAGUGAAUAAAUGAACAUUUGGACGUUGAAGAAGUGAUAAAAAAAAUCUGAGUCAGUAUGUGAUAUUAGUUUGCACCACUCGAGGAUCGGUAUUUUGCCGCAAAUCAAACAAAAAUAGUAGCUGAACAAAAUUCUCCAACUUUUCCAGUUUUAUGUAGUUUCUUAGACGUAAUGCUAGGUGUUGAUGUUGUCGUUGUCUUAAGCUGCAUAUAAAAUAUAAUUAUACAUAACAACGAAUAUAUGGAUAAAACCUGUUAUACAUGACGUAA